AUGUCCAAGAACAGAAAAGAAAAUGCAAAGCGUAGAAAACGUUCACCUGUCAUAGUUACAAGUCCCAGGAGUAGAAGAAUGAAGAAGAGAAUGACACCGGAAGAGAAGAGACCUAGGACUGCGUUCAGCGCUGCUCAGCUGCAGAGAUUAAAGCACGAGUUCGCUGAAAACCGGUACCUGACUGAGCGCCGACGCCAGGCGCUGGCUGCAGAACUGGGUCUGGCGGAGGCGCAGAUCAAGAUCUGGUUCCAGAACAAACGAGCGAAGAUAAAGAAAGCUACGGGUCAUCGGAACCCGUUAGCUAUGCAGCUCAUGGCCCAGGGGCUGUACAACCACAGUACCGCGAAUGAAAGCGAUGAUGAUGAAGAAAUUAGUGUUACGUAA